AUGACUGAACCAGUAGCACCCAUUGAGCAGACCAUCCGCCAACACUCCCGCCACUCUUUCCUCUCGCAUCACCACCAAUAUGUCAACCUGCCCCGCAUAACAAUCAAGUACUGCACGCAAUGCAAAUGGAUGCUGCGCGCGGCAUAUUUUGCUCAAGAACUUCUCUCAACUUUUAGCACAACCCUCGGCGAAGUCUCGCUCGUCCCAGCCACAGGUGGCGUAUUCACCGUGACCAUUCUCCAUUCUUCAUCGGUAUCUAGCGCAAAAGAACCAGGUAGCCCUGGCACUGAUUUGAUUGAAACCCUGCUCUGGGAUCGGAAGACGCAUGGCGGAUUUCCAGAAGUCAAACAUCUUAAAUCUCUCGUUCGCAAUAUUGCCGAUCCUACGAGAAGUCUGGGACAUGUGGACAGAGCUUUGGAGAAAGCAAAUCAAGGUGAUAAAGACACUCAGUCCUCUGUUGCCGGCCAUAAAGAGGAUGAGAAAGAGCAGACCAAGUCUGAAGAGGCAUGUGAGGAUUGUCAGUAG